AGGAAACAAAAAUCAUGAGGAGAAAACAGAAGCAUAAACACUUCGGCGAUAACAUUUCUUCCGGAGGCACAGCGAGAGAGAGAGAGGUGGAUGGGAAGCACGGGUCUUCUUCUUCUUUACCCCUAUGGGCAGUUCUCUUGCUUACCUCGGCAUCGCCUCCGACCCCCUAAUAAUCGGUCCGCCGCCGCUUCGCUAGCGGCUUUUGCUCCCCUCUCGAAGCCCUUCCGCAAGCGUCGCCGCCUUUGCUGCGCCGUACUCAAAGACGACGCCCCUCCGGAGGAGAUACCGCAACAAAGUCCAGGUGAGGGAGUCCGCGCUGCUAUUGAAGAAAGGCCUGAUGAUAAUAUUAUAGAAGAUUCAUUGCAAAAAAUCCAACAAGAUGAAGAGAAAAAUGCCCUUUAUAAUUUUCUCUAUCCUGAUAAAGAGCUUCUUCCAGACGAUAAAGAGAUGAGCAUAUUUGACCAUUUAGAAGAACUUCGUCAAAGAAUAUUUGUCUCGGUUUUGGCUGUGGGAGGUGCCAUAUUAGGCUGCUUCUGUUUUUCUAAGGAUUUGAUCGUACUCCUUGAAGCACCUGUUAGCUCCCAGGGAGUUCGCUUCCUCCAACUUUCACCUGGAGAAUUUUUCUUUACAACUAUAAAGGUAUCAGGUUACUGUGGGUUGCUUCUCGGGAGUCCUGUCAUUCUAUACGAGAUGAUAGCUUUUAUUCUUCCUGGUCUAACUAGAGAUGAAAGAAAAUUUCUUGGACCAAUUGUGCUGGGAUCCUCUAUCCUAUUUUACGUCGGUAUUGCCUUCUCCUACACAGUCCUAACCCCGGCAGCCUUGAACUUCUUUGUUAACUAUGCGCAAGGUGCAGUCGAGUCACUGUGGUCCAUUGACCAGUAUUUCGAGUUCGUUCUCAUUCUUAUGUUCAGCACAGGAUUGUCUUUUCAGGUUCCAGUCAUUCAACUACUGUUGGGGCAGGUUGGACUGGUAUCUGGGGACCAGAUGUUAUCGAUCUGGAGGUACGUCGUGGUCGGCGCUGUCAUUGUAGCGGCGGUUCUGACACCCUCGACCGAUCCCCUCACGCAGAUGCUAUUGGCAGGGCCUCUGCUGGGUCUUUACUUUGGCGGCGCAUGGAUGGUCAAAUUAAUAGGCCGCUAGUUAGAUUAUACAUUGCUUUAUCAAAUUGUUAGGCAAAUCUCAUGGAAGAUUGUAUAUUUCUUUUCAUUAAAGCUGUAUUAAUCUUGUUAACGAUAAGAUCUAAUGAAAAUAUGGAGAGCGAUCUUCAGACCCCGAUUGAAAUCUUC